AUGAAUAAUAUUAAUGUUGAAGAGUCAAAACAUCAUUUUCAGGACAAUAUUUUCCAUACAGGAUGGAAAGAACAUAUUUCAAAUCAAAAUCAAAGUAAUAGUAAUAAUAACAAUAAUGAUUUAUAUUUAGAGGAUUCUAUAUCAGAGUUUCAAAAAGAAGAUGAUGAUGACGGAAGAGAAAUUAUUGAAUUUUUAAAUUCAAAUAAUUACACAAGUGAAAUAUAUGAUAAUACUGUAGAAGAAGAAGAAAGAGAGAUUGCUAAUAUUGAUGCCAAUGCAAGUAGUCAUAGUUAUAAUUAUAAGGACGUUGAAGGAUUUUUAGAGUCUGAAGAUAUUUUGGAAUAUUUAAAACAAACAAGAUAUACAGAUGAUGUCUACGGAAUACCUAAAUUUAUAAAGAAACUGAUUAAAGAAGCAAGAGAUGAAAUGCUAAAUGAUAAUGAUCAAAACAAUCCACAUCAAAAAACUGCAUUGGAAAGAUUAAAAAUGAUCAGAGAUCAUUUAUUAAUGAAUAGAGAUGGAUUAGAGAAAGUUGGCGAUAAAAAAGAUAAUGAUAAAGAAGUUGGUGUUGAUGUUAAUCUUUAUGAGGAAAAGAAUGAAAAAACUGUUGAUAAUAACAACAAUAACAACAAUGUUGUUGAAAUUGAAUGUAAUAAAAGUUCUGAAUCUGAGGCAAAGACCAAAUCUGGUCGUUCUGUUCGACCUCCUGGUACAUGGUGGAAAAUAAAACACACAGUUAAAGAGAAAGUUACAAAAUUAUCAAGACCAAGAAAACAAAAAUCUGCUGAUUCCAAUUCUGAUUUAAGUGGUUAUGACCAGACGAAUAAAAGUAAAAGAAAUGUAUAUUCUUUUAGUAAUGCUAAGCGUCAAAAGCUUUCAAAUGUGUUUGGUGAGAAAGUUUCAAUGAAACCUUUUGUGGUGUGA